AGGCCGCAAUGCCCGUCCAUGCCACCAUCGCGUCGCAAACUGCCUUCCCGUGAUCCCAGCCGGCAAACGCCGCGCAAAUCUCGCCCUGCGAUGCAAACCCCCAUCCCCACCCCCUCACCCUCUUCCUCCCCACACCGCCUAUACCACUGUCCCCAACAACUCCUCAGAUCGGCCACAGGCACUCCCUUGAUGUCUCUCUUCCUGUCUUCACCCUCGCCCUCGCCGCCAGCACCACCAACCACAUCUAUUGCAUGGCUCCACCCUCAAUGACGACAAGGGUGUCGCGGCUGCAGGCAAUCCCUCGCUCGUGCUCUCUCUCUUCCCGUCUCCAUCCUCACCCUCAUCGCCAACACCACCACCCACGGUCGCUACACGGCCAUCCUCGAUGCCGGCAAGGGUGUCGCGGUCGCAGGGCACCGGCGUAGCCAGGGGCCAGGGCGGAGGUGGGUGCGAGGACCGGUCCUCGCUGCUGCUCCGUGAGCGAGGCCAAUUCUCCCGCACGCUCCUUCGUAGAGGAGGUCAUCACCGGCUAUGACAAGACCGACCUCUACAAGACCUGGCAGAAACAGCCAUGGCCGAUAGUCCUGAAGCAGAAAGGAGAAAACAUGCCCAAAUCCUAGAUGGCCUUUUACGUCUUCCGUGUUUGAUAUAUGUAUUGUAUUUGAUAUCUGUCUGACAUAUUUCAUUUGUUCUAUUUUAUGUAUAUGGCAAUGUCCAGCCUUUAAAUGGCAGUUAUUUCGCUCUAGCGACUGGACGGGUUCACAAUUGAAUGGCAUCCAGCAAGAGAUCACGGACAGGGUGUAGUGGAAAGUUCUUUAUGAGAUCAGUUCUGUUGUUUGAAUAUUUGGGAGUGCCAAUGAUACUGAAGUGUGCACUACCCUAUGGUUACAAGAAUUUGGUCGUGAGCGAUAUGUGCGACUUGCCAAGCAAAUAGAUGAAUACACGCAUCUCAUCGCAAGCAUAAAAGCACAGAUCAAGUUGGUAUGUGAAGGUGCAUUUGGGGAGGUAAACCUUGGAUCUCAGCGCCCUUGGCGUAUGAUUUCGCGGUGUCAGUGGGAAUGUACAGAUGCUUCUCCGAGAACGUGUGAUUUGCUUGCUCGCCCAUGAGCUUCAGAUUCAAGAAGGCUGGAAUUGAAGGUUUGCAGGCAAUAAAACCUCGUCUGAGAGAUCAGUGCACUCAAAAAGGACCAUCAAACAAUCAUGAGAUGGGCAAAGAUUUUAAUAGUUCAAGUUCUGUUGGUGACCAUGGAGUUGAUGUUGAAGUUACCAUGGUCAUUGGCGAAGACGAGAUUGAGGGUGCCAAAUGGACAAUGGAUAAUGUCAAAUUUUCUGUCAAAGAACGAAUCGAGGCGAUUGCAACAAAAGAAGAACUAGAGCACCUUGUGAUGCUUUGCAGAUCUGAGGCUGAUGCAAUGGGGAGGAUCACUGCUGGAAUUCUUUGUCUCCUUAAACUUGACAAAUCUCUUGGGCAAGGAACUAUAGAACAACUACGUAACCUAGGAAAUGGAGGCUGGAAUUACAACCGGAAUAGAGGAGGUGGCGGUGGCCGAGGACGAGGCAACUGGAGAUAUGGUGGUCACUUGACAUUAAUUGGUUCAUGCGAUCCAAUUUAACCAGGUGAACUCUGUGGUUGAUCUAGUAGUUGAGAAUCAAGAUAUAUUCCAUGGAAGAACCUCGAGUUUUCAAUAAGCA